AUGGACGGCUUUCAAAUCGAUCACAGUGGCAUGACGCGGGACAUUGUCGCCAGACCUGGAGUUGUCCAAUUUUCUGCCGAUUGGUGCCCUGACUGCCAGUAUGUCAAUUCGAUUUGGACAAAAUUCGACCUUCUGGAGAAAGUGUUUAUCUUUGAUAUCGGUUCCUACUCCAAGGUUGACCAAGAAAUGUGGAGGGCUAAUUUCCAAGAGGUUACUGGCAGCAGAAAUCUUCCCACCAUUUUUGUUGACGGUAAGAUCUGGGCCACUGAAAAGGAGAUUCACGACUGGGAGGACAACGGCAUCCUAGAAGAUAAGUUGAAAAUUAUCGGGCUGUUGAAGUAG